ACGGGGGCGCGCACUUGCGCACAGGCUCGGUCUCAUUUUAACAGGAGCGCGGGCACGUCAAUAUACACACAGCGAGCAGAGCAGCGCUUUGGGUAUAGUAGAAGGUGCUCAGCGGAGAGAAACCAGGCAGGCGCAGACACCUUCACGCACCGAGCAGCGGUUUGUUUGGCGGCCGGGACCCGAUCCUUUAAAACCAUGCUGGAUUGACUGCGGAGAGGCAACUCCAAUCAAUGGCUUGGCUUUGAAAUCGUUUCAAAUUUAUUGGAAAGGAGCGCGAGAUAGAGCGACAGAGGGAGAGGGAGAGAGAGGGAGAGCGAGAGAGUGGCGCGAGGGGUGGAAAUAAAGAUCCUUUCAACGAUGGAGCUGACAAUGGAAAACAUCGGAAAUCUGCACGGUGUAUCUCACUCCCAUCAAACCAGCGACUUAAUGAACUCCCCGCACGCGCGCCAGUCGUCGGCGUCGCAUCGGAACUUGGUGUCGCACGGGCGGUCAGCCAUGGUGUCCAGCAUGGCCUCUAUACUGGAGGGAGCGGGGGACUAUCGCCCAGACCACGCUUUGUCUGGCCCCCUGCAUCCGGCUAUGACCAUGUCGUGCGACUCCGGGAUGAGCCUGAGCAGCACCUACACCACGCUGACGCCGCUACAGCACCUGCCCCCCAUAUCCACGGUCUCGGAGAAAUUUCACCAUCCACACCCGCAUGCUCACCACCAUCCAGCACACCAGAGACUUGCAGCUGGGAAUGUCAGCGGCAGCUUCACCCUGAUGAGAGACGACCGAAGCCUCGCCUCUAUGAGUAACCUCUAUGGCCACUACCCCAAAGACAUGUCCGGGAUGGGGCAGCCCUUGUCGCCCCUGUCCAACGGGCUCGGGUCUUUGCACAGCUCCCAGCAGACUCUCAGCGCCUACGGUCCCGGAGCUCACCUCUCCAACGACAAGAUGCUCUCCUCGGGGGGGUUCGAGUCUCACGCAGCCAUGCUGUCCAGGGGUGAAGAGCACUUGGCCCGCGGUCUCGGGGGUCACGGGGGCGGGCUAAUGACCUCCUUGAACGGUAUACAUCAUCACAGCCAUCCGCACUCUCAGGCAAACGGAUCCAUGCUCUCAGACCGAGACAGGCAGACGGUGGUGGGAGGCGGGCAAGGUGCUGGGUCAGGGCAGGUGGAAGAGAUAAACACCAAGGAGGUGGCACAGCGAAUAACAGCAGAGCUCAAGCGCUACAGCAUCCCCCAGGCCAUCUUUGCUCAGAGGAUCUUGUGUCGGUCCCAGGGAACUCUGUCUGACCUGCUGCGGAAUCCUAAACCUUGGAGUAAACUCAAGUCGGGCCGAGAGACGUUCAGGAGGAUGUGGAAGUGGCUCCAGGAGCCCGAGUUCCAGCGGAUGUCAGCGCUGCGGCUUGCAGCCUCCCACUUUCAUUCCCAUCCCUCCCACCUCUACCAUCCACACCAAGCCUGCAAGCGCAAAGAACAGGAGCAACACAAGGACCGCAACACGGCGCCCAAGAAACAGCGUCUAGUCUUCACUGACCUGCAGCGCCGCACACUCAUCGCCAUCUUCAAGGAGAACAAGCGUCCAUCCAAGGAAAUGCAGAUCACCAUCUCCCAGCAGCUCGGCUUGGAGCUCAGCACCGUCAGCAACUUCUUCAUGAAUGCUCGCCGCCGCUGUGUGGACCGCUGGCACGAUGACCACGGUACCAGCCCCGGGCAGCCAGGCACCUCUGCCACCACCUUCUCCAAGGCCUGAGAGAAGCAGGAGAGGGCCUUCGGCGGGCCAAGGAACCAGGCCGGAACAACAGGCGACGCUGGAAAUUCCCUGCGAAGCCUGUCUGUAACAGCCCUGCCUGGCCCGGAGCGCCUGAAGGUGUCCUCUACACGAUAUAAAAAUCCUUUGUGCCAUGCAAUCAUCUUUUACGUCAGUUAAAAUUUCAAGCUCUCACCUGAAACAAGCAUAAUCUAAAAAGGUGAAGUGUGAAGUCAGGUCCACUCUGCAUUUCUCACACACAAGGACAAUCAUUGAUUUUGUCUUUUUUUUCCUUCUUUUUUGAGAGAAAAUAAUUUUUAUGGCAUCUGACAAAGCAAAGCGACACCAAAGAUUUGACGUUUCUGUUGGGCGGCAUCUACAUGAUGCCGGCCUCCUCCUUCACCACCCAAGUAGCCACUGAUUCUGCUUUUUCCUCUCAACUCACCUCCUUUGUGUCUGCCUCCUCGCUGUUUCCCACACACACACACACACACAGAUACACACACCGGCACACGGAAGCAACAAGGGCAAAAGAACGGCAAUAAAUCUGAAAACAGAACAGCACAUAGCCUUAUUAUCAGAGCCCCAUCCUGCACACACACAAGGCCGUCAUGAAGAAAACAACGCAGCCUAUGAAAAAAACAACAAGGCUUUCCAGUUCUCCGCCUCUACCUCCCCCCUCCUCCUCCUCCUCCUCCCGCAGUCUCCUUCAUUCCUCGGCCAAAGGUAUUCCCUGAUGGCCAGCCAUUUCAGAGAGCAGCUCGGCCUGAUCAUACGGCAAACUAAUGAAUUGAAAAAUGAAUCGAUGCAGACAGAGAGGGAGCGAGGCCUUGACCCCCUCCUGAAGGUGAAACUCAAGACACUCGGCAGUAGAUACUCAGGUCUUCCAGGCCCAGGUCUCGUAUAUUUUUUGCACAGAUGUUGGGAGGCCUGCAGGGAGACGUGUCGUUGUUACUCUUAGCCUGAGCCCAGAGUCUGCGUUUCUCUGACCAACAGGAGAGGCGGGUGAGAUGUCUGGACAUGCUCUUUGUUCUGCUGGGAGCUUUUCCUCUAAUCAAUAACUGAGAACCGAACGAUGACAACAACACGCUCGGGCAUCCAGCCAACUACAUUACAGCUGCAUAGGAAAAGCAGAAUGUAAGAGGAGCACAUGAGACCCAGUGGAGAUGGGGACACAAAGGCCUCACUACAGCAGCAGCAGCAUCAGCAGCAUCAGCAGCAAGCACACCUCGCCAGCCUUGCCUGCGCUGGCAGAGCAACAGUGCCCCCUGCUGUUGAAAGCAGAGACCUGCAUCCAGCAGAGCAAGGGGGGUUCAGAGUGGAGGAGAGGGAGGGAAGAGCCACUAGAUGCUGAGGAGAAGUCAUGGCACAACACAUUCAGGCCUCGCAGCUCUUUGAAGGCAGAUCAAUAGCUAACCAUUAUCCUAUUGUUGUUCCUCAUCCAACCAGCACUGGUGAAGCCGGAGGAGGGGGAUGGUUAGCCUGAAUGCUGAAAAUGCAGGGAUUUUGCAAAGGCAGGGAUUUAUUUGGGCAAUCCAAACGGAAUACAAGAAAAUUACACAAAGAGAGGAGGGGGAAAGUACAACAGAGUAAAAUGUAACAGAAAGGCAUCCUAAGUAAGACACAUCUGUGGUGCAGUGGAGGUUUCAUUUAGAUUAUUUUUCAGAGGUUUUAUGAAAUCAUUGAUUUUCCAUUCAUUCAUUUCAUCUGCUUGCAGAAAAAAAAAAAAGAAGCUCAACAGAUGUGAUUUCAGUCAAACCUGGUUAUUCCCACACAAGGGUUAUCAGUAGCUAGCCCAAAGCUAAACACCACACUCAGCUGUUAAAAUGCUACAACAAUUAGUGCCAAUGCUUACUGCCUUAAUGCGAGUCAGAGAAAAUGGUGCUAUGGUUAACACACGGUUACAGUGCGCCCUGCAGAUGAUGGGCGGUGUGUGCCAUAGCGCCCAACAAUCAGCUUUUAACUGAAUGAAAUUAUACUUUUUUAGUAAAAGAAAAGAAAAAAACAAGAAUCUGAUUUUAAAGGCAAACAAUAACCAAACCUCAAAUGAGAAAGACACCAAACAUACAGUGCAACACAAAAUGUUUCCAACGCAUAACUGGACACAUUUUGAAGCAGAAGAAAAUCUCUCAUUCUAUCUUUGGUUCUCUACCUCCUCUGUCCCUCUAACCCCAUUUCCCCCUCCAACCCCUCGCCCCCUUCCUCUCUAUAUUGAUGCGGGUAUUUAAUUAGUACCAUAGACACAAAGUUUCUAUUUCUUGUUACUAUUGUGCUCUGUUGUGCAUAAGUAAGGCACCUUGUUGAUAAAUCAAAAACAAAAAAAGGAAGGACUUUUUAAAAGGAAAAAAAGAAGGAUGCAAGGACUGAGGCCAACGAAGGACGUGGGUUUUUUUUCUUUUUCUCUUUGCAUUCUGUGUGAAUAUAGACCUGCAGGACAUUUACCGCAAGAAAGAGAAAAGACAAGAGAAACAGGGAGCUGCUGAAGAGAAGAAUAAAUGACAGACACUUUCUCUCUUUUGGCAUUUCGUGUCGGAACUGUGGUACUCUCAGCCCCCCCGCCCCUUUAAAGCUGAGCCCUGAGGAUGGGGUAAAAUUAAGAGGGACAAAACAUGACCUCCAAAUGUCCUGGCUGACUCGCUAUGUUUUAUUGGAGGGUGGGGUGGCGGCGCGGGGCGUUUACGCUUGGGACUCCGUAGUUAUCUGUGUGGUCUUAAGAUGCAACUGUAGCAUUUCCAACAAUGUAGUCAGAUUAGCAGUGCAGAUUAGAUAAGAGGUGGUCAUUGAAGAGGAGCUGAUCAGGAGGUACUGACUAACUUCACGUUGCUGUAAGCAGUGAGUUAACGUCGCCAAAGGAAGAUGAGCUUAAAUUGACUUGUGGUAUACAGUUCAGUGAGCAUAGAUAAAUAGCUAGAUUCAGCUUUAGGAAUGACGCUGACAAAAUGACGUUUGUAGUAGUGAGAACCAAUGUGGCUACCUCACUAAGCUGAGUGGUUUGUGAAACCGCCACUAAUACCAAAGAUACUGCAGCCUACCAGUCACAAACUGCCUAGGGGGACACAAACCAAAAAAAGGAGAGCCCCCCCUCUUUGCCCCAAACUGUUACAGACACACUGACGAUAUUACGCACAUGCACGCACGCACGCACACACACGUUCAUACUAACAGCGCAGUCAGACUGCAUUGUGCCACAUAGGAGGAGGUGGCUGCCUUGCAGACAGAGUUGAGUGCCUUUUCCCUUCAACCACGGGUGGGACUGCACUGGACACACAUCCACACACCCACACACACACACACACACACAGAUGCAUGCAUAUAGCGGCAUACCCAUUUACAAGCGUGUGCUCACACA